AUGUCUUCCCGUGUCGGUCUUCGUUUCUUCCAGAACUCCCGCGCUGCUUUUCGCAAUGCGCAGCAUCGCUUUGGCGCCGGACGCCGCUUCCAGACCUCGGAUGCCGCCGCCGCCGAGCCACAGAGCGUUUUCCAGCGUUUGUGGAACAGCCCCGUUGGUGUUAAGACGGUGCAUUUCUGGGCCCCUGUCAUGAAGUGGGCUCUGGUCAUCGCCGGUAUCUCCGAUCUUAGCCGCCCCGCCGAGAAGCUGUCUUUGACUCAGAAUGGUGCCCUGACGGCUACCGGAGCUAUCUGGACCCGCUGGUGUUUGAUUAUCACCCCUAAGAACUAUCUGCUUGCCGCUGUCAACUUCUUCCUCGGAUGUGUCGGUAUCGUUCAGGUCGGUCGUAUCUACAACUACCACCGUAGCCUGGAACAGUCGCCCGCCGAAGCCGUCAAGUCAAUGGAACACGAAGUGAUUGACUCGGCGAAGGAGGCCGUCGCUAAGUCCGAGGCUGCUGUUGAGAAGUCCGCAUAA